ACUGGGGUCGCCCUGACAGAGAACAAGUAUCAGCGAUCCGAGAGUAGGAUCGCUCCCAACAUGGCUAUCAGAAACUUGCUCAUCAAACUGCUUCUUCUGUUUACAUCAUUCUCCACGGCUCUAGGACAUGAGGUUGGGAACUUAGGGCAUUACCCUGUGGUUGUGAGCACAUGGCCGUUUGUAGAGGCUGUUAGAGCAGCUUGGAGGGCUAUUGACAGUGGGUUUUCAGCUGUGGAUGCAGUAGUUGAGGGUUGUUCAGCUUGUGAGGAAUUGAGGUGUGACGGUACAGUUGGGCCUGGGGGGAGUCCAGAUGAGAAUGGAGAAACUACACUUGAUGCUCUGGUCAUGAAUGGGGCAACCAUGGAGGUUGGAGCUGUUGCAGCCAUGAGGUAUGUGAAAGAUGGCAUCAAAGCUGCAAGGUUGGUGAUGCAACAUACUGGACACACUUUGCUUGUUGGAGAGCAGGCAUCAGCUUUUGCCAUUUCAAUGGGUCUUCCAGGACCCACAAAUCUUAGCUCUUCAGAGUCUGUACAGAAGUGGAGUAAAUGGAAAGAAAAUCGAUGUCAACCUAAUUUUUGGAAAAACAUUGUACCUGUAGAUAGCUGUGGUCCUUAUCAUCCAAAGGAUAUUGCAGAACUGGGUAAAGGGACAUGUUCCAGUGCCAAUCUAAUGGCAGCAAUUGAAUCAAGAUCUUCUCAUAUUGGUCUCCACAACCAUGAUACUAUUUCAAUGGCUGUUAUUGAUAAAGAAGGACACAUAGCUGUUGGCACUUCAACUAAUGGAGCUACAUAUAAGAUCCCUGGCAGGGUGGGUGAUGGGCCCAUUGCAGGAUCUUCGUCCUAUGCUGAUGAUGAAGUUGGUGCUUGUGGUGCAACUGGGGAUGGUGAUAUCAUGAUGCGUUUCCUUCCAUGCUAUCAAGUUGUGGAGAGUAUGCGACUGGGGAUGGAGCCAAAGCUUGCUGCCCAAGAUGCCAUAAAGCGAAUUGCAAGAAAAUUUCCAGAUUUCGUUGGGGCAGUUUUUGCCAUCAAUAAGAAUGGUCUGCAUGCUGGUGCUUGCCAUGGAUGGACAUUUCAAUACUCAGUGAGAAGCCCAGAAAUGGAGGAUGUGGAGGUAUUCACUGUAUUCCCCUGAAAUAGCAACUGCCUGCAAUUAUGAAAAGCCUAAUGAGUUGGUUGUGCAAUAUUAUUGAUUAUUGUUGAUGAUUUUGGCACCGUUUUUAUUUGGCUAAUAAUACAAAAUUGAUGUAAUUUCCAAUGUUAUUAGACACCUGUAUUUGUAGAA